UCAUGUUACGAUAAUGCCAUUAUAUGAGCAUAUGAAAUUUUGACCGCUUUCGUGAAUGGUUUGCUUGACGAGAAUCGUGCUCGCGCCUGCGCCGAAUCGCCUGGGUUUGAACAAAACUUUCUCUCCUUCUCUUCCUCUCUCUCUUUCGUGGGGUAGCUUGACCCUUGGUCAUCUAUUGGAACAGAGAGACAGUCUAGCCGGUACUCUCUGUCGUGAUACUAUGCUUUUUACGCAACAGUUAACAUCCUUGCCAUGCCUUGCCAAGUAUAAAAAGUCUCGGGCGCCAAGCAAAGCUAUGGAGCGUUACGAACGUUUGGCGCGGCUCGGCGAGGGUAGCUACGGCGUUGUCUUCCAGUGUAGGGACCGGCAAACUGGAAAACUGGUGGCAGUAAAAAAGUUUCAACAGACCGAAGAUGACCCCCUCAUACGUAAGAUCGCGCUACGAGAGAUACGUCUCUUGAAGAAUCUCAAGCAUCCAAAUCUGGUAAAUCUUCUGGAGGUCUUUAGACGAAAAAGGAAGCUACAUCUGGUGUUCGAAUACUGCGAGAACACACUGCUGAACGAGAUGGAAAAAUAUCCUACAGGCUGUCCUGACCUCACGACCAGACAGCUAACCUGGCAAAUUCUGCAGGGCGUAGCUUAUUGUCAUCGCCUAGGAUGCGUUCACAGAGAUGUGAAGCCAGAGAACAUCCUCAUCACCGCCGAAGGCGUGGUGAAGCUGUGCGACUUUGGAUUCGCACGUAUGCUCAGUCCCGGUGAAAACUACACAGAAUAUGUCGCGACUAGAUGGUACAGGGCACCCGAAUUGUUGGUUGGGGAUACGCAGUACGGUACUCCGGUAGACGUGUGGGCGAUCGGUUGCGUGUUUGCCGAAUUGAUACGAGGCGAAGCCUUAUGGCCAGGAAAAUCCGACGUAGACCAAUUGUAUCUGAUAAGAAGAACACUGGGUGAUCUCUUACCGAGACACAUGGCCAUCUUUCAACAAAACGAAUUUUUCGCCGGUAUCACUCUUCCAACACCGCAAACGCUCACACCUCUCCAAGACACGCUACCACAUGGCGAUAACAAUCCUUUACAGCUAGAUUUUCUCAAGAAAUGUUUAGACAAAGAUCCGAACGGAAGGUGGACGUGCGAACAGCUGCUGCGACAUUCUUAUUUUGACAAUUUUCACUACAAAAUGCCGGAUGUCGAAAUGGAAGAGUUUGAAAAAUUGAAAAAGUAUCGAGAGCGGUCUCGAAAUACUAAUUAUAGCCAAAUGGUGUUGCCGCAAUUACCCAAGGCUGGCCCUUCUGUUCAUAGCCAAAGUGAAAAUCGGCCCAAAAGCUCCUCCAUACAUCAACAAAAUUUUGACCACCUACCGACUAUAAGAGGUUAAUCGUUCUCUGUGAUUGUACAUAUAUUUUCUUAAGCUUUU